UCCCUGCUCUGUGCUGCGGACCACAGGCUCGGAGAAGAAGACGCCCUUAGCAACAACACACCGCUGUGAUAAUAAGACGGUGCUGCGGACACGGGAGGAAUUGAACACUGUCGCUGUAUUGCUCUGACUCCAGCGGAAGCUUUCAUGACAGAGGGAUGCUCCGGCGGCUCCUGCACUCACCAUGGGGCUCCAGCGCAGCUAGCGAGCUAGCCCGUUUCGGCUAGCCGUCCCCGACAGACGAGCGAAGCAGCCCCUGAGCCGUCCCGAAGGAGGACACCAUCCUGUGGGGGGUUUCGCCGAGUGGUAGCAUCGCCGUUUGCUAGCAACAAAGUCAGCUAACCGGGAUUAAAGCACGGGCAUGGUGCACUGGACCGAGCCACUGCACCGACAGAGACAGGCGAGGGGCACACGGGUCAGAGCACCGAGUUGUAACAUUUGGACUCAGACUAUUUUUAACGGAGGGAGCGGCUCUCCGACGGACCAGUGUUUUUGUGGCUGUGCGAGCUAGCUGGCUAGCUAGCAGAAGGAAACGACCCCCACCCCCCACCGCCGCCUGCUCUGGUUUUUCAGCCACAAGUCGAGGCUAAUGUGAGCCGGGAAUACUGUGAGAGUAGCCCACUGAACACGGUGCUUUCUGUAAAUCCAGGAUACAUUUACACACAGAGCCAGACAAAGGAGAGAGGAGCGCAGAGGUACCGGGACUCCUCUCGUUAGCGAACACGUUGAAGCUGUAACUGCUCUUAGCUAAGUUUGCUACUCUAGGUUGAACUUUUCCACUUUUUUUUUUUACUCUGGAUUUUUUCUUCACUUCGGAUGCUGGCAUCACAUAUUAACUGCAAUCAUGAUGAUAAUAAGCAGAAAACCAGAGGGCCCAAUAGCAACAGCACGCCACGGUGACGGCCUGUAUGACUCCUACAUGAGGACAGACCACAUCCUUAAGGACGACGCAGAUCCGAACAGUCCGUCUGGGCUCCCCCCAAUGCCCAAACAUACAGUUGUCAGUAACAAGACUGUAAUGAGGGAGCAGGUAACUGUGCGAGGUGGCCAGCUGAAGGUCAAGUACCUGUAUGAAGACUCCACCAACAACCGAAAGAUAAAUGCUAUAACCACGGCAACCACCCAGAACAGUGGGACCAUUGGUCAGACGCACAGUAAACCUGCUGCAGUGUCCAGCCUGUCCAAAGAGCACAGUGUAGACAGCACUGAAUCCAGUAAGGGCUCCACUGAAUCCUCCGGCACACAUGGAGUUGGCAGUGGAGGAAGCAGUGGGAAGCUGUGUGGCCCUCUCACUCCUGACCAGGCUCAGAGACUUUACCGAUCUCAGCUGACCACCCUGGAGCAGACAGAGAUCCACUCCUACCCAGACAUCUACUUCGUGGGACCCAAUGCCAAGAAGAGGCCUGCCGUCGCUGGAGGCAACAACAACUGUGGCUACGAUGAUGAACAGGGCGGUUACAUUCACGUCCCCCAUGACCACCUGGCUUAUCGCUACGAGUUCCUCAAGAUUAUUGGUAAGGGAAGUUUUGGACAAGUGGCCAAGGUAUACGAUCAUAAACUGCAGCAACACCUGGCUCUGAAAAUGGUGCGCAACGAGAAGCGCUUCCACAGGCAGGCGCAGGAGGAGAUCCGCAUCCUGGAGCACUUGCGCAAGCAGGAUCGAAAUGGCACCAUGAAUGUCGUGCACAUGCUUGAAAACUUCACGUUCCGCAAUCACAUCUGCAUGACUUUUGAGCUGCUGAGCAUGAAUCUAUAUGAGCUUAUUAAGCGCAACAAGUUCCAGGGCUUUAGUCUGCCACUGGUCAGGAAGUUUGCACACUCCAUCCUGCAGUGCCUGGAGGCCCUGAGCCGACACCGAAUCAUCCACUGUGACCUAAAGCCAGAGAACAUCCUGCUCAAACAACAGGGACGUAGCGGCAUCAAGGUGAUUGACUUUGGCUCUAGCUGUUUCGAACACCAGCGAGUGUACACUUACAUCCAGUCUCGCUUCUAUCGGGCUCCUGAGGUGAUUCUGGGUUCACGUUACGGCCUUCCUAUCGAUAUGUGGAGCUUCGGCUGCAUACUGACAGAGCUGCUCACUGGCUACCCCAUGUUCCCUGGCGAGGAUGAGGGCGACCAGCUGGCCUGCGUCAUGGAGCUGCUGGGCAUGCCUCCACAGAAAAUUCUGGAUCAGUCCAAAAGGGCAAAGAACUUCAUCAACUCCAAGGGCCACCCUCGCUACUGUGGUGCCAACACCCUGCCAACGGGGGCCACUGUGCUGACGGGCACUCGCUCCCGCCGCGGGAAGAUGAGAGGCCCUCCCGGGAGCAAGGAGUGGAGCGCUGCCCUCAAAGGCUGUGAGGACCCCACCUUUACUGACUUCAUAAAGAAGUGUUUGGACUGGGACCCCUCCUCUCGUCUCACUCCCAGCCAGGCCCUCAGACACCCCUGGCUGUAUCGCAGGCUGCCCAAGCCCCUACCUGGGACGGAGAAGAGCCAAGGGCCCACGGUAAAACGACUCCCUGAGCACCACAGCACCUCAUUCCCCUCUAUCCUGGCCAAAGGGGGCCCGGGCUUAGGCACCACAGCUGCCAACCACAAACUGAGGAGCAACAUGAUGGGAGAUUCAGGGGAGGCCAUACCUCUUCGCACGGUCCUACCCAAACUUGUCUCAUAGAGAGAGAGAGAGAGAGAGAGAGUCCUAAUUUCCUCUCUCACUCCACUCCCCCCAUCUCCUCUGAACUUCCCAGGAGGAGUCAGAGCACAGGAGAAAGUGGAGCCUAGGUUUUAACUUUUGACUUGUUUGGUUGUUCUUUAAUUUGUUUUCUACUGAGAGGUGUCGACACCCCAGUUCAUGGUUUUAAAUAGUAGCUGAACACGGGGAGAGAGAAUGAAAGAAACACUCUAAAAAAGGUUUUUAUACAGAGGAUUUUCUUGAGCGGCUGUAGAGUUUCUGUAUCACAGCCGACUGAUAAGGUUUGAUUUUAAAUGAUGCUUUUUAAAAUCUUCCUCGUGUGAGUGGACAGCUUCCUAAAUGAGCCAAUGUUUUUAACCUGCGUGUGUCGUCAUGUGAGUGUCGCGUUUCAGUAAAACGCACCCGAGCACACCUGCACUGUCACUUGCCUCAAACUCUUAAACGCUCGUAGGACGCCGCCCUCUCUGAGGGAGUCGUUUAUAUGAGUGGUACUUGAAAAGGGCUACAGAGAUGACUCUUUAUCAGGUUAGAGUAAUCAAAUAUUGAUUUGUGCAGCAAACAUCAGUUACUAGAAUAAAUAAGAACCAUGCUCUAGUGUUUGGGCCCUGACACAUGACAAACGUAUCCCUCAUGUUUAAUGCCUUUACACAGGUAAUGAGGGACUGGCAUUAUGUAGUGAAUAAUUUGAAACAAACAUUUUUUUGCAAUAAGUUUCACUUUCUCAUAUUUCUAAUUGAACUCUUUUGUACCUUUCCUGAUCCCUGGUGCUUGAAUGUCAGCUCAGUGUGUUAAGUUAGUAUAGCAGCUUUCAGACAUGCACUGAAAUCUGCAGUUCCUCCGUAUUUUCUCUGGAGAAGGUGCAUGUGUGAAAGCAAAUGUCCGAGUGUGACGCUCCCCAGUUUCUGCGGACAUUAUCCGUCUGACCUUCUAGUAUAAUGUCCGUAGAAAUCAUGGAGAAGUCGAUGUCUGAACAGAGCAUGGGAUUCCCUUACUGGAUUCACUGCGAGCGUGUGGGGGGGGAUUGAUGAGUACAGAUGCAAAAAUGAUGGGAAAAAAAUCUCCCAAUGAAAAAGCGGUGUCAUGCAGGAAGAGGACACCAACUAAGAUGUCUCUUGUCAAGAAAAUCACGUUAUCUCCGCAGCGUAGUUAAUUCAUCACUUCCUGCCUCUGUCUGCUGAACCCAGCUGCUCCACCUCUCGCCUGAAAAAUGCAUAGAAUUUGAUGCCAUUGUGAACACAUCUGUGCAGAGAACCUUGCUCACGAGUGAAAGGCAGACUGCUGGUAAACUCCGUAGCCAAUUCUCCAGAUUUUGCCGGCAGGUCAAGGCUGAAAACGGCUUGUGUGUGUUUGUCCUCAAGCUUUGUGAUGCUACUGUGAGAGGCGUUGAGAGGGCGUAGGACAACCUAUUUGCAUCCCCCUUAUUUCUUCCUCCCUCCUUCAUUUGAGUGGAAAAAGGGGGUGGGGAGAACAGUAGCUCCACUCAAACUUUGUCACAGAGGUGUCACCGCCACACUCGGUACUUCUCAAACUGGUUUUAUGUGCGAGAUUGCAGUGUGAGGCAGAGAGACGGAGAGUUGGAAGUCAUUACACAUACCCGCCUGCGGAGCUUAGUGUCGGGAAAAUUUGGGGAAGUUUUUACGAGCGUCACCUCUGAUUGGUUGCUCUGAUCAUUGACAGUGUUGCGUGAAUCCAAAUGGGAGAGCGGUGCAAGGCCGAGAAGGGUCAUGGGGGUGACACGAAGGACGGUGUGUUUUAAUGUGAGCCAAGAUUGUUUGUUGUUUUGUCUUGGGGAGGUGUCGUUGAGUUGACAGAAUGGGCCAGUGACAAUGUAGGGUUUUUAUGGUACUGCAGAAAGAAGUGUUUCUCAGGGAGACAUACUUGAUACAUCCCGUAAUCUUAUAUGAGCCGUGUUCCACUUACAGUUCCUCUGUCCCAACGAUGGAUGAACAUGCAUGCAGCUCUGUCCACUGAGAGUGAGAGAAUGCGAGCGUGUGUCUGCGUAUGGAGGUCUGCAUGCUCCACAAUUUGACCUAGAUUCUCUCUCCUCCCCCACCAUCUCUUUCUCCCUGUCUCGUUAUUCUCCCUCUGUCUCAUGUAGGGCAGGGAACCUCUUAAACUCACACAUAUAUAGUGAAUUAUGGUGCUGUCCAAAAAAAACGUUCACACAGAGACACGCACACAGAGACACGGUGCAUGUUGCUAUAUGGACCACACCGCUCAGAGAUCUUUCUCUCGACCCUCGUUUUACUACGCAAAACUGUCAGGGAUUUCUACUCUUGUCUCCAUCUUUUUUUUUUUUUUUUAUAGAAGUGGUUUCUAUUGCUUUUCACUCCAGAAUAUCAGAGGAUGUAAAAUGCAAAUGUGGAAAAAGAGAAACUUGUAUACUGUCAUGUUGUACUAGUGGUGUGCGUUAGUAGGAGGGUGUUUGGUGUUCCAGCAUGAAAUCACAACCUGUUAUCAGACUGAGUGACUAUGAGAAGAGAAACUGUACAGUAACCAAAUGAAGUUGUGAUGGUUUCUUUUUCUAAAGAAAAUAAAAAUGAUUAUUAACUGAAA